GAGAUCUGCGUGAGGAUUAGAUAGGGUGGAGGCGCACCGAUUCUUCCUAACCCUCUUUUUCUUUCUCCCUUCCAUUUCUGCCCCUUUCGCCCUUUUCUGGCGCCUCCUCCUCCUCCUCCUCCUACAAAGAGCCCUCCAAUCCAUCCCAGCCCCCUACUCUCUCAGCUCCGAACAUCCGUCGCGCCGGCCCGCACAUCCCAUCCGAUGCGGAAAGGGAGAGGAAUCGAUGCAACCGUACCGACGCCGAACCCGAGCGAGUCACGGAAACCAGAGACUCGCUUCCGCGGCGUACGAAAGCGGCCGUGGGGACGAUUCGCGGCGGAGAUCAGAGACCCGUGGAAGAAGGCUCGAGUAUGGCUCGGCACCUUCGACUCGGCCGAGGACGCUGCCCGCGCAUACGACAACGCCGCCCGAGCACUACGCGGCCCCAAGGCCAAGACCAAUUUCCCAAUCUACCCUUCGUCUCCUUACCCCAAUCUGCCCUUCCACCAAAACCCUCACCACCAGCAUCAGCGGCCCACCACCAGCAGCCUCAGCAGCACCGUUGAAUCCGUCAGCGUUCCGAAGAUCUCAACCGCAGGAACGGCCGCCGCGGCCCGCAGUCACCGCCGAUCGCAACGACCCGCUCCACCGCCAGUGCUUCCCGACGACGAGUGCCGCAGCGAUUGCGGAUCGUCGUCUUCGAUCGUCGAAGACAACGGGGAUUUUGAGUCGUCCUCGGUCCGGAGACCGCCUCUGCCUUUCGAUCUCAACCUUCCGCCGUCUGAAGUGGACGGCGACGAAGGCGAUGAUUUACGGAGGACGGAUCUCUGCCUCUGAACGGUGAAGAUGAUGAGAUAAGAUUUCUUUUUUUCUUUUUUUCUUUUUUCUGUUUCAUUCCCUUGCUGGGUAUUUGGGAUUUUUUUCUUUUUUCCUUUUUUUGAGAUGUGGGUUUUCUUCAACUGCAUGGACUUUGAAUUGGGUCUGUCUUGUUGGAGUUAGAUCGAUCAAGGAUUAGGUAAAAUCAGACCGGAUCUGAUCUGGGUUUUCUCUAUCUCUCUCCCCUCUCUUCAUCUCUUUCUGUACAAAAAUGAUAUUAAUCUAAUUUCGAUGAAUGUGAGAAACUUUUAAAAUCUCAAAA